CGGCUGCACGGUGCGCUGCAGAGAGCAGAGGGUGACACACGAGUCAUGGGCCAGUAGCUGAGUCAGAGGUUUCUCUGUGGUUUUUUUCCUGUUUUUCUUUUUUCGCGUUUGCUCCUAUAAUUCAAGACAUCGAGAUCCGGCAGAAAAUCUGCUCAAAGAAAACAAGGGAACAUCCUGGGGUCCAAUAAACACAGGUGUGCAAAAAGGUAGCGGGCAGAUCCAGCUGUGGCAGUUCCUGCUGGAGCUGCUGUCCGACAGCAGCAACAUGUCGUGCAUCGCCUGGGAGGGAACCAACGGAGAGUUCAAGCUCAUCGACCCGGACGAGGUGGCGCGGCGCUGGGGGGAACGCAAGAGCAAGCCCAAUAUGAACUACGACAAGCUGAGCCGCGCCCUGCGCUACUACUACGACAAGAACAUCAUGACCAAGGUGCACGGCAAGCGCUACGCGUACAAGUUCGACUUCCACGGGCUGGCGCAAGUGUGCCAGCCCUCCACCACGGAGCAGGCCAUUUACAAGUUCCAGAGCAAUUUCGCGCCCAUCCCUUUCUCCGGCAUUUCCAAACUGAACCUGGUAGCGCCGGGCGUGGCGCCCACCGGGUUCUCCUACUGGCCCGGCUCCCCGCCGGCGGCCCUCUACCACAGCCACAACCUGCAGCCGCCGGGCCCUUUCGGUACCGUAACCGCCUCCCACAUCAGCUGUGUCAACAACAUCAGCAACCUGAAUAACAUCAGCAACCACUAUAACUGACUCUGUAACAUCACCACGGUGGGGGGGAAAAUUAGAGUGGCAAGGGGCGUG